AUGACGACCAAAACUCCCGUCCUCACCGAAAAAGCCCCCAAGCCUCUCCCCGGCAUCUACUCGCAGGCGAUCAUCGCCAACGGCGUCGUCUACUGCUCCGGCGCCGUCGCCAUGGACCCGGAAACGGGUAAAUUGGUCGAAGGGGAUGUGAAGGCGCACACGCACCAAUGCAUCAAGAACCUCACGCAUGUCCUCGAGGCGGCCGGGACCACCAUCGACAAGGUGGUCAAGGUGAAUGUGUUCCUGGCUGAUAUGGAUGACUUUGCCGAAAUGAAUUCGGUGUAUACGCAGUACUGGGGCGAUGUGAAGCCUUGUCGGACGUGUGUGGCUGUCAAGACCUUGCCUCUCAAUACCGAUGUGGAGAUUGAGUGCAUUGCGGUGUUGUGA